GAGCUCACCCCGUCGCGGAGAUUCGAACCACCGACCUUCUGAUCGGCAAGCCCUAGGCUCAGUGGUUUAACCCACAGUGCCACCUGCGUUCCAUAUACUUAUUUUACUGGGCGAAAUUUACCAGGAUUCAGUGGGACUUAACAUCUGAGUAGAUGCCUGGGCUUGUUCUGUUAAUCAGUGACAGGAUCAAAAACAUUGCUCUGACAUUUUGUGGGUGGUGAUGCCCUAUUCUUCCAUCAGCAUGGCCAACAGCCAGGGAUGAUGGGAAUUGUAGUUCAACACUUGCUCUAUGUUCAUGAUGCUGGGACUUGACUAAAAUUAUGGGUUCCUCACAUGGAGUCAGGAAUGCAAAGGGCAUCAAAUGGACCGAGAGAGACACAAGUCACGUCACUUAGCAAUUUGGUUAAUAAUUGGAGAGACUCCAAUUUCCAUUGGCCAGUCUCUUCCUCUCUGAUUGAUUGGUCCUUACAGGCUUGCUCCUGAUUGGCAGGAAGAAGGCCACACCUCCUCUUGGCCACUAUUUAAAGCUCAGGCAGAAGAAGGAAGACUUGCUUGCUUUUGUGUUUGCCUGCAGCUGAGUCAUCAAACAUUCACAAUGGAGACUCAAAUGGUUUUUUCCCACUUGUCAAUCAAGUCUGGUGAAUGCAUCAAAGUGAAGGGGAAAGUGCCACCAGAGGCCAAGAGCUUUGCCCUCAACUUGGGCCACGAUGAUUCAGACAUGAUCCUCCACUUCAAUCCUCGCUUUGAUUGUCAUGGAGAUGUCAACACCAUUGUGUGCAACUCAAAGACGAAUGGGCAGUGGGACUCGGAGCUGCGGGAGUCGGUCUUCCCCUUCCAGCAGGGAGAAGACACCAAGAUCUGUUUGUCCUUUGAUGAAGAGGAAGUGACUGUAAAGAUCAAUGGAGACCAGGAAGUCAAGUUCCCUAAUCGGCUUGGGGUGAAUUCUGCAAAAAUAUUCUCCGUGGAGGGAGACAUUGCGAUCAGAAGUGUCAAGUUUGACUGAAGUUCAGCCGUGUCUCAUUUUGUAUGUCUAUAGAAGGAAAAACAGUAAAUAAAAUGUGUUG